AUGGUUUCAGUACCUCAACUUUUAGUGAGAGCUUUACAAGCCGUUGUAAUGCUCAUUACGCUUGCUCUCAUUGGAAACGCGAUUGAUGUUCAGCAUUUCGGAAACUCCAGUGUGAACUAUUGCAUGUUCGCCGCCGUGUUUGCAUGGAUAGUCAUUUUCUUUGGAUUCGCCGCAUCAUUCCUCGAGUCGCUUGCCAAACCCCUUAUCCUCGCUCCUAUGGAUGGUCUAGCCGCCCUCUUCACUUUGAUCGCCGGUAUCGUACUUGCUGCCAAGCUUGGCGUACACAGCUGCGGCAACCGAGAUUAUAUCAACAGCAACAGUCUGACACAAGGAAGUUCGCAUCGAUGCCGGGAGCUUCAAGCUGCUUGUGCAUUUUUCUGGUUCGCUUUUGUGUGUUUUGUGGGCUCGCUCAUCUUGGAUUUCAUGGGAUGUUCCAGCACGAGCAUGCGUCGUAGUAGCGUUCGCAAGAGUGGACCAACCAUGUCCCAAGUCUAA